CUGCUUUGUUGCACCAAGUAAGAAGUUGCAGCUCCGUACAGCAUCCAGUUCUGCCCACCCUUUUCAGCUUUAGGAAUCUAGAUAAUUCACUCUGCCCAGAAAAUUCAGAUUUGAUUGAAGAGUGCAGUGUAGUCACAGUUAACUUGCAAGGGCUGUUUAGUCGAAAAUUGUUGAUCAGAACUGCCGCCCCUCCCUCACUUUCUAACAGUGUAACUCAAGAUAGAAAGGAGAUAGAGCUGGAGAAAAGAACAGAGGAAGGAGUUGAUCAUAUACUUCAGGAUGGUUCCGUGAGUACACUUACUUACUCUUCCAGUUAUGGUCCUGUGGAAAUUAUUGUCAAGAAUAAACAGAUAUUUGGAUCUGUUUUCUGGGAGGGGGAGAGAUACUCGAUUCAGCCCUGUCAAAGAACAAGAAUACAGAAAACUGUUCUGGACCCUGGGUGUCAUGUUUGGUUGAAAAAGAAGAAAAAAGUCAAAAUUCCCAAAACUAAUUAAAACGAAAUACCAAAAACUAUCUGUUGUAAAACCAUGCAUUAAGAGACUGUGGUUGUCAUUUCAAGGAACCCUUCAUUCAAAGAACCCUUCAUGGCCCAUGCAUGAUUCACAAUGGUACCCUUGAAACCUUAAUCUAGACAAAAAUGUGGGAUCUUAAAUUAAAAGAAAUAGUUGUUUGAAUACAAAACAUGGAUAUAUAAUUCUAACUUAAUCAGUAGCUAAUAAGUGUAUCGUUGGCCAUGCCUCUCUAUAAAUGGAGGCUCACUUGAAAUUAUGAAGUUUUUUUACAGCUUGAGAAUGUAUUUUUACGUGAUUAGUAAUCUUUAAAAAUAAACUUUCAUUAUUCAUGAACCAUGUCUCUUGAGUUUUGAUAUGAAAUUUUAAGGCAAUAAAUAAAGAAACAAACUCUGA